AUGGACAUCGCCGAGUUUGAACGCGCUGUUAUUACUGCGUUUCAGUAUGCUGCAUACAGCAGUACGAGUCCGCAGUCACGGACGCUCAAGUUACAGGCUGAAAGCUAUUGUGCUGCCGUGAAGAGCCAAGCGAACGGCUGGCAGGCCGAACUUCAGCUCUUUGAGCACUCAGAGCACGAGCAAGUCAAGUUCUAUGCGCUCCAGGCACUACAAGAAUCGUUGGUCAAUGGAGUCGAUGACGUCGUGGCUGUGGAUGUGCGGAGCAAGCUGUUGCUUUGGCUGCAGAAUCACGUGGCUUACGUGGAGAGCAAAGCACCGUAUCUCAAGACAAAGCUGGCCAUCGUUAUCACGCUACUUAUCAAAAGAGAUUACCCGGAACGAUGGGCAACAGCUUUCACAGAGCUGCUUGCUUUGCUGCCGCAGGGCGCAUCAAUGGUUGAGAUGUACUUUCGCAUCUUGUUGGCAAUAAACGAGGAGAUUGUCGAGUUCGAACCUCAAAGAACGCAGCAAGAUGCUGCUCAUAAUAUGAAGAUCAAAGACGCCAUGCGUGAAGGACCGUGCAUGCGGGAAAGCUUUGACGUUAUCUCGCGUGUGUUGGUGAAUGCUGACGCGAGUAAAACCAUGUGUGAGCUGAGUGCCAGUGCGCUCGAAACGCUCAAAAGCUACAUCAGCUGGGUUGAUAUCGGUCUUGUGGUAAAUGACACGCUCUGGCCACUGUUGGUCAAGUUGCUGCGUGAAAGUGAAGAAUUACGCUGCCAAGCAGCCAACUGUGUGUUCGAGGUCAUUGACAAAGGGAUGACACCGGAGAAGAAACUUGCGAUGCUGCAGCAAUUACAAAUAUUGGAAAUGCUGGCGGCACUGCCUAUUCGUGAGGAUGACGAGUUUGCAGAGGAGAUAGGUGAGGUCAUUAACGCAGUUGGUGUGGAGCUCUUGACGUGCAUUGACGCCUUCCGCCAUACGUGUCAGCCUGAGUUACUGCAGGCAGCCGGCAACAUGCUUCGACUAUUGAUGCCGCUCGUAUGGGAGCUUUUUGCGCAUGAGUCAAAGGAUGUGUCGGAAGAAGUCUUUGAGAUUGUGAACGCGAUUGGUGGUCCGAUGCUUCGCACUGAGACGCAGGCGGCUGGCAAGCUCCAGAUUGAGGCAGAAGUGUUCCGACCCUCAGAAUACAUCCCGCAGAUUCUGAAUGGUAUUUACCGACAAACCCGGUUCCAUGAAGACUCGGAUUCGGAUGCCGCAGAGUUUGAAGAGUACCGACGCAGUUUGUACACCAUUUUUCUCAACAUUGUGCGCCAGCGACCGCAUGAUACGCUUGCCUUUCUGACAAACCUGGCCCAAGGUCUGCCUGGACACUUUGGUGAGAUCGAUCCGCGGGAUCUGGAGAGCUUCCUGUCGCUUGUGUAUCGAUUUAAGGAAGGAAUCACACCUUUGAAAGGCUUGGCCGCCUCAUUUAACGAACCAACGAGUCCUCUAUCUAUCAUGAUCGUACAGAUUCAUCGGAGUAUGCUGUCAGCAUCCGCUGGUGCUAUACCACUGCAUCCGUCUGUAUUGCUUUCGUAUUAUGAUAUAGCUGUACGGUACAGCAAAGUGCUGCAGGUUGAAUCAGUACUCACACCGGCAGUACUCGACAUGAUGUUUGGCUCAUUUGGACUUUCUCAUCCGGCUGCUCGGGUUCGCUCUCGAGUAUGCUAUCUAUGCCUGCGCCUUGUAAAGGCACUCGGUGCCUCGGUCAAUCCUCACGCAUCCAGUAUUUUGACCGCGCUGCAGCCGUGCCUUGCGAUUGUCAAUGAGCGUGAUGGUAACAAUAGCCAGCACACGUCAACGUACCUGACUCACGAUGACCAGCUGUACCUCUUCGAACUUGCCGGUCAAAUUAUCGCUUCACUUGUGGUACCCGCACAGGAGACGGGUAUGGACGCCAAGCAGCUUCGAUAUCGGUACACGAUCGCUGUGCUGGACCCACUGCUGCAUGGAUUGGAUAUAACGCUGCAAGAGGUGACACAAGGCACGUUGACUGACGAAGAGUUAGCUAGUGAACACUGCGCCGUUUAUCUUAACGCAAUUGCUCACGUGCUUAAGGCGUUCAAAGGUACUGAGUGCAUAGAAAAUCAGCAGGAAACGUUUACACAAGUGCUCACAGCUUCGGCUUGCGUGCUACGCGCGCUCGCCCACAUCCCACGUGUGCGCUCCAAGGUGAUUUUCAUGCUGCACCGACUGGCUUCUGUGCUGGACCGUGAACAUUUUCUGGGCAACGUAGAAGAGCAUUUGCAAACGCUUAUGAUGAGCUGUGAGCAGGCCGAAGUUGUUGAGAUUGUGCAGCUUCUUGACCAACUUAUUAUCAAGUACAAGCAGGCUCUAGGCGGAUUUCUUGACAAAACGACGCUGCCAUUUGUGCGGCACUUGUGCGCUUUGAUGCCGCAACGAAGCGCUCUGGCGAAUGCUGAGACCAAGGAUGCUCCGCAGCUCGAGCGCGAAGCCACGCAGAAAUACUUGUACACAUUCUUGCUGCAUCUGGUCACGCACGGCCUAGACGCCGUGUUGAUCAGCGCACAAAACGUUGCCCAGCUGGACAACAUGUUGUGUCUCGUACUGGAGGGUUGCGCAGAGGUACAGGACGCCAACAUCAAUCGUGCAUGCUUUUCGAUUGGAAGCAUGUUGGCUGAACGCUGGAUCAGCAAUGGGAAUGCUCUUUCUCCGGCAAGUGAAGCGUCGGGUGCAGCAACUGUAGCCACGUCGGCGGCAUCGGUGGCUCUGCGUGCUGAACUCCACGCCGAGCUGUCGGCCGAAGGAAGGGCUCGGUUCACGCAGAUUGUAGUGCAGGACUUCACUCGAGCCAUGUUUACCGUAACGAAGCUGCGUCACUUUGACGUGGACGAAAUGCAGACGAUGCUGGCUGUCAAAGAGAUUGUGAACAUGCAGGCCGUGCUGGUGGUCUCUCUAGGGAUCGAGUACUUGACGUACCUGCGUGACAUAUUCCUGCCAUCCAUCGGCUGUCCUACUGAGCUAGCCGGGACGUACACGGAGCAGGUUGCCACUGGAGACCGCAAGAAAAUCCAAGCAGCGUACAAAGCUUUGGUAAGCCGGAUGAAGUAG